AUGCCGCCGUGCGGGCCGCGCGCCCUGCGCGCGGGCCGCGCGCUGCGGCGCCCGGGCGCCCUGCCCCCCCGGCGCUGGUGCGCCCCGGCUGCGCCGGGCGCCCCGGAGGCUCCCGCGGCCCAGGCGACGGCGGCGCCGCCGCCGGUCGCAGCCGCACCGAGCACCUCGGAGGUAUCGGUGCCCUCGCAGUCGUCCAGGGUCAGGGACAUCGUGUUCAGGGGCCCCAUCGCGGACGACGUGGAGGGGGGUGGCUCCCGGUAUUCUGCGUCGGUGUUAUCCAUGUGGAGCAAUGUCCUGCCGCACGUGCGCAGCUCGUUCGCGGUGCACACGUCGCUGGCGGAGGCCCCGAAGCCUGCAGCGCCGCUGCUGAUGGACACCCUGGUCUCCAAGACGAAGGCGCUCGCCGCGACCACAGGCCUGGCCCCCGCCCACUGGUCGCCGGCGCCGGCCCCGUACUACGGUGGCCAGAUCGAGCUGGCGCCCUACCAGAAGGGGCAGGUUGCCGCGUACAACUGGCCGCGGGUGCUCGUGCCCAGGGAGGCCGCCUAUCGCUUCCCGCUGGACACUGGCCAUACUAUCUCAGGAGACCCGUAUCAGAAGAUCAGGAUGAGGGGGUUCACGCUCUUCCCGCGCCUGCAGAAAAAGACUACGCUGAUGUUCAUCUUCUCUGGUCAGCCCCUGAGCGGGCUGUGGACAGGGCUGCGGCAGUGGCUCAACGAGGUCGGCGACGAGUUCAGCGCUCUGAAAGACACCCAGGUCUUCAAGUUGCACUACGAGGAAGGGUGGUGGAAUCGCCGGACCCACGUGUUGACGAAGUUCCAGCUGCGGCGCCAGGUGAAGGAGGAGGAGAUCUGGUCGACGUUCGUGUACAGGAGCAAGUGGAAGGCGGAGUACGAGCGAGCGCUGCACCUCUACAACAAGGAGUUGCCCGUGGUACUCUUGAUCCGAGGCGGAUCGACCCGCUCGGCUACAUCCGGUGGCACGCGGUGGGCCUUCCGACCGGCGAGGCGACCGCCGUGUUCCGCGGCCUCGCCAAGCGCCUCGCGACGGCGAAGAAGGACUUCACGUAAACCGUGCUGGCACGAGGGUCGCGAGCAGCCCUGGCCUUCGAGGGGCACCCCGUGCACAGUCUGCGCGCUCUGGCCCUCCCCCUCGGAGCGCCCUUGCCCUCGAGAGGCCCUCGUGCGGCCGCGUGCCCUCUGGCGAAAGAGGGGCUUGUGCUUGGCCCGCGCCCGACUGAAUCUUACGGCCAUGUUUCGACUGCGGGUCCUCCUGCCGGAGCCUCCUGCGGCGGCGUACGCUCGAGCUCUCUCCUCCCGGCAGCCUCUGGAGAGGGGCUCGGGCCAGCUCGGCCCCCCUCUGCCCCCCGGGACCCUCGUUCGGGACCGUCCCCGGAGGGGAAUUGGGGAGAGUCAGAGCGUGAAUUACCUCCCCCGCUUUCGCUUCCAGGGGCCAGCGUAAGGGAGGGCGGGCUGGAUGCUCUCUGCAGACGCCCAGCCGUUGUGGCGGGCGCCAGUUAGCGCUGGGCUCCUUAGGUGCGCCUGCUCCUGGCAAGAGGCCGAGUUGGGAUGGUGUGUCUGUUGCCGCCGUGGUCGUGCCACGGUGCACGAGAGCGCCGUGCCACCGCCUAUGGGGCUGAACUCAGGCGCUUCCCGCGCAGGAGCAGGGAGGCUUGGCCUCGCA